UGUUAAGCUCUCUCUUAAUUUAAAAAACUAAUUUUUCUCUGCAAUUUGCUUUGAUUCCAAUUGAAGGGACGCACGAUUUUAAUGGCAGUUUAACGGGAACACUUCUCUCUCUCUCUCUAGAUCCCAAAACUCAAAAUCGUUCCUUUUUGCAAAAAUUGUUCAUCUUUCUGUUUUCCCAGAAAUAAAAAAGCUCUCUUGAUUUGCCUUUCCUGGUAUUGAGGAAAUAUGUUUAGAUCAUCACCGAGAAGAGGACAGAGAUCAAAGGGUUUCAAGGUGAAGCAUUGUAUUCAAUUGACUUUGUUGCUUAGUGUUGGGAUAUGGUUGCUUUAUCAAGUUAAGCAUUCUCAUGAGAAGAAAGCUCAGUUUGAGGAAAGUGCAAAGAUUGUUGUUGGUGGUGUUGAUAAAGUUGUCAAGCUUGGUAGGAAAGAUCUUAUCCCUCGUGUUGUUGAGGUAGAUGAAGCUGAGGAUGAAGGAAGUAAGAAUGUUGUUGAGAGUUUUAAUUCGGGUAAUGGUGAUGAUAAGGAGAAUGAGAUUGUUGAAGGAGGUGAAGAGAAUAAGGAGAAGGAAAGUGAAGGGAUUGUGUCUAAUGAGGAUUCGAAUAGUGAGAUUGAGGAGAAGAAAGACAGUGGCGGUGUAGAGGAGAGUGAGGUUGAAGAGAAGAGGGAUAAUGGCGGUGGUACGGAAGAGAAUGAGAAGAGUGGGACAGAGGAAAGUGAGGUUGAGGAGAGGAAAGACAAUGGCGGUACUGAAGAGAAUGAGAAGAGUGGGACAGAGGAAAGUGAGGUUGAGGAGAGGAAAGACAAUGGUGGUACUGAAGAGAAUGAGAAGAGUGGUACCGAAGAGAGUGAGGUUGAGGAGAGGAAAGAAAAUGGCGGUACCGAAGAGAACGAGAAGAGUGGUAGUGAAGAGAGUGAGGUUGAAGAGAAGAAAGACAAUGGCGGUACUGAAGAGAGUAGGGAGAAGAGUGGUACCGAAGAGAGUGAGGUUGAAGAGAAGAAAGACAAUGGUAGUAGCGAAGAGAGUGAGGUUGAAGAGAAGAAAGAAAACAGAGGUAUAGACGAGAGCGAGGAGAGUAAAGAGAAAGAUAUAGAUGAGAAAGCGAAUAUUGAAGAGGCAAGAGAGAAUAAUUACAAGGGAGAUGAUGCUUCUAGUGAGGUAGUUCAUGAGUCUGAGGAGAAGACUAGUGAGUCGGAGAACAGUGAGAAAGUGGAAGACAAGUCGGGUAUAAAGACUGAAGAAGUGGAAGAUUCUGUUAUCAAGAGUGUUUUGCCUAACACAACAGAUAAUGGGGAAAGCAGUAGUGAUGAGAAGAGUACUGGUUCGUCUUCAGGUCAUGAAUCGGAUUCCUUGGAGGGAAUAAAAUCUGAGGGUGAAUCUAUGGAGAAGAAUGAGUUGUUGGAGAAGGAGUUCAAUGAUUCUAACGGUGAGUCCUCUGUGACCGGUAAAUCCACGGGUUCUGGAGACGGAGGUUCUCAAGAAACUUCUGAAGUGUCAUCUCAAGAGGAGAGUAAAGGCAAGGAAAGUGAGACAAAGGAUAAGGAAGAAUCUUCGUCUCAAGAGGAAAGUAAAGACAGAGAAACUGAGACAAAGGAGAAAGAAGAGUCUUCAUCGCAAGAGGAAACUAUGGACAAAGAAACCGAAGCAAAGGAGAAAGUAGAGUCUUCUUCUCAAGAGAAAAACGAAGACAAGGAAACUGAGAAAAUAGAGUCUUCGUUCCUAGAGGAAACUAAAGAAAAAGAAGACGAGACAAAGGAGAAAGAAGAGUCUUCUUCCCAAGAGAAAACCGAAGAAAAGGAAACCGAGACAAAGGAUAACGAAGAGUCUUCGUCUCAAGAGGAAACUAAAGACAAAGAGAAUGAGAAGAUUGAGAAAGAAGAGGCUUCAUCGCAAGAAGAAUCUAAAGAAAAUGAAACUGAGACAAAGGAGAAAGAAGAGUCUUCUUCUCAAGAGGAAACUAAAGAGAAAGAAAACGAGAAGAUUGAGAAAGAAGAGUCUGCACCGCAAGAGGAAACUAAAGAGAAAGAAAACGAGAAGAUUGAAAAAGAAGAGUCUGCAUCGCAAGAGGAAACUAAAGAGAAAGAAACCGAGACAAAAGAGAAAGAAGAGUCAUCGUCCAACGAAUCACAGGAAAAUGUAAACACCGAGAGUGAGAAGAAAGAACAGGUUGAGGAAAACGAGAAGAAGACUGACGAAGACACAAGUGAAUCUAGCAAAGAAAAUAGCGUUUCAGAUACUGAACAAAAGCAAUCAGAGGAAACAUCAGAGAAGGAGGAAAGCAACAAGAAUGGUGAAACAGAGGUAACUCAAGAACAAUCUGAUUCUUCUUCGGAUACUAAUCUUCCUCAAGAAGUCAAAGAUGUUCGCACCGAUCUUGAAACUUUACCGGAUUCUGGAAAUGGAGGGAGCAAUGAGAGUGUUGCGGCUGAGUAAAUCUUACAAUGGUUGCUCAAAUUCUCUCAUUCGAUGUUGUUUAGUAGAGAGUUUUACGAAUUCAAUUUGUGUCAUUGUAAUUUGUUGUAAUCUUUUUUUUUGAACAUAUUAAGGGUUGUUGUCAUUCCCAGAGCAUAAGUUAUAGCUUUUCUUUUGUACCGAACACAUGAUUUUUUGUCUUUAAACAAAUUCUUGAAACUUCAUUAUCUCAUGAAAAUAAAGAUUUUUGUUAAACAACUUCUGCUUUAA